AUGGUAUUCUCUGAAAUUGUUGGGACAUUGUCCUUUUUGCAGCCACAGAAUGAUGACGAUAUCACGGACCGGAUGCAUUACUAUUACACAAGCACCUUUCUAUUGGUCACUGCAGUAAGCCGGUGUAGCAGCAAUAGUCAACGCAGUAUUUUAAUUUAGGUCCUGAUCAGUCUGAAAAUGUUUGGGGGCAGACCUCUUGAAUGUUUUAUGCCGGCCGAAUUUCGAUCGUCUUGGGAAGAUUACACAGGUAUACUGUAGUUUCCAUCCGAUUACUCGUUUUAGAAAUAUUUUGCUGGGCUUCUAAUACUUACUGGGUGGACAAGGAAGAGAUGUUCCCCGAGUCCACAGACCGCAGACAAGAACGGAUGAUCUCUUAUUAUCAGGUGGGUCCAGGCAGUAUUCGGAUAUGAUUACAGUGGUCUCCUUUCUUCCUCGUUCUCUGCGCCUUCCUUUUUUAUUCCCCUUGCCUUAUUUGGAGGAUCCUAUACACAAAAUCAGGGAUCAAGUUAACCGAUCUAAUGUUAUUUGCCAAUGACAAGAGUAAUAUACAGCCCCGUAAGAGUAAAGGUUACUGUGUUAAUACAAUACUCCCCAGAUAGAAGAGAAUCUAAUCUGCGAGGGAUGAGCAUCCAUUUGGGAUCCAUUUUCCAACAUCGAUACAAGUUUGGGACCGAGCAUGGGUACCAUCACAAGUACUUCAGACUGCUCAAUCUCCGAUACUACGAAGCUUACCUCACACUCUUAUAUCUAGGAAUCAAGACAAUGUAUCUUGGGAAUGUAUUAUUUCAAGUAAGUUUGCAUCUUUUAUCCAAUAUUUAUAUAGAUGUAUCUGAUGAAUUGGUUUCUUCAAACUGAUAAUUACACUUUUUAUGGAUUCGGAGUAUUACAUGAUUUGUUUCGAGGAGUUCGUAAGGAAAAUUUAUAUUUUUUCAAAUUGUAAUUAAAGCUUGGAGUGAGUCUGGGAACUUUCCGCGAGUCACUUAUUGUGACAUGGACAUCAGAAUCCUCGGGAAUGUCCAAAAACACACCGUCCAGUGUGUUCUUGUCAUCAACAUCUUCAUCGAAAAGGUAUGUGUGUUAUCCAUAAAGCAUCCACUCCUCCAGAUCUUCAUUGUUCUUUGGGUUUGGUACUGUUUUCUGGCUAUAACCACCCUAUUUGGACUCAUAAAUUGGACAGUUUCCACGCUCCCGUUCGAAGAAAGAAAGAAAUUCAUCGCCCGAAGACUCGAAUUGGCUGAUAUCGAAUUCCAAACCAAGUCAGAAAACAGUCCUCGUCUUUUGAAUGAGGUAAUGUUACAGUAACAAAAAAAUGUUUCAUUAGUUCGUACGAGACUACAUCAAGAUUGAUGGAGUGUUCGUUCUGAAGAUGCUCACUAUACAUGCUGGGAUGUUAAUGUGUGCAGAACUGGUGGAUAUGAUGUGGGAAGACUUUAAAUCCAACAAACAGGGAGGGAAAGCGUCUGCUGCAAGUGCAGAAACAGUCAAGAGGAAGAUCAGCAUGUUGCAACCACUGGUCUCUCGCGAAGAUCCCGGCCAUCUAUCUUCGCCAAGCACUCCGGGACUAGCCAGUCCAACUGAAGGAAUCUUGAAAACUCCCUCGGCGUCACAAUGA